CCUAAAAUGCCUCAAUAAAGGAGCAGCCUGUUACAGCCAGAAAUUUUUCCCGUCCUCCAUCAUGCCACACAAAUGUUUAGUUACUGUCUUUCCAGCUCUUCCUAUCUAAUAGUUUUGCCUUGUGGGUUCCAUCAGAAGUCUCUGAACACUGUUCUCAUUGACAACGUACCUAUCUACAAGCCCCACUCACUUGGGUCAUGAUGGUCCUGUUGAUGCAGAUUCUUCAGAAAUUCCCUUCUGUAACUCCUUUAAAUAUAGUGGACUCUGACAGCAUUGAUAAUGGCAGUAGGAUUUAUCCAACCCACUGUCCCUUUCCCUUUCCAUUUUCCAUUCUCCACUCUUUCCAACAGCAAAAUAAACACAGAAUCACAGUCUCUGCACUACACUUGGGGACCUGCAUCGAAACCAGGAUCUGUUAGAAGAUUUGUUUCCAAAUCUUUUCCAUUUGAAGAGAAUCUUACUUUUUUCCUCUUCGUGUAGACCCUGUGUGUUCUAACCAACCAAACAGCAAACAUUGACUGAACCAAAUGCUCUGGAGAUGGAUUUCUAUUCACCCUUCGCUUCUUAGUUAUACAUCUACAUUACAACUUCAGGUCACACGAGCAUUUUUUGGAACCAUAUCAUAUCAUAAUCAGGAAGCCAGUUAACCUUCUUUUUCAGAAUACACCCCCCAAGCCCACUUUGAUCUUAAAGGAACAUCACUUGACAAGAAAAUAACAUGUUUCUUUAGCACAUCUCUCUCAUUUCUUUUCCCCACUCCCAUUCUCCUUCUAAAAUGUUCCUGAAAUCUUACCUUUGUCAGUACUACUAUCUCACUUAUUUGGCCCACUAUGAAGUAUUGUUUGCUAAUGAUGUUGUGAAGUGCUUUGGAAUAAUUAACUAUGGAAAAUAUGGUAAAUAAAUGCAAUUAUUAUGUAAGCAUGCUAUAAUAUUUUAAUAGUUCUUGUUUGUAUUUUUUUUAGAUCCCCUUAUUCUCAAGAUCUCAUCAAUUUACAGUGGAUGCCCCUACCCAAUGCCUCAUUGCUGUGCCUAUGAAGGAAGAGUAGAACAGUUGUGGGAUUGUAUAAACUGAAGAUCCCUGUCUGGAAUUGUGUAGGAAAGAACAGACAAGUCUCCCAAAUCUCUCAGUCAGCAUCAAAGAAGCAGCAGCACAGAGGAAUACCAAGUUGUGUCUCGGGGCCCUUUGUACAAAGAGAACACUGAUAUUUAUGAGGAAUGAUAUAAGGUUCUGCUGAUAAUAUUUGCAGCAUAAGAUCCUUCCUCCCUUCAGUCUGUUUGUAAUACAUGAUUCAACGCAGUGCAUUUGGAGUUGCUCAACACAGAUUCCAAGACGGCUGCUGGGGACAGGCCAUCGAGCAUGCCUACAGAAAUGCUCCAAGCAGAUAGCAUGGUCAAACCUGUUGGUUCAGCAACCACCUUCACAUCAGCUGUUCCCCUUCGCAUACUAAAUAAAGGGCCAGACUAUUUUAGAAGGCAGGCAGAGCCUAACCCGAAAAGACUGAGUGCCGUGGAACGGCUUGAAGCUGAUAAAGCAAAAUAUGUGAAGAGUCAAGAAGUCAUCAAUGCCAAGCAGGAACCGGUGAAACCGGCUGUGCUGGCUAAGCCGCCGGUCUGCCCAGCAGUCAGGCGAGCAGCAGGUACCCCUUCACAAAAGCUAUCUAACAAUCAUAAAGCAGACAGCACUGCAAAAAGAGAAAACUUGAAUCUAGAAAUUUUGAAGAAUAUCAUUAAUAGCUCGGAAAGUUCCACCUCAGGAUCAGUGCACAAACACACUGCACGGAACUGGCCCCAGCAUAGACCUGCCUCUACAGAAAUCAACAGGCGCAUAUUUGCAGAAUCUAUUCAGGUGUAUAGUAACCAAGGCCACGGCAGUCUACAGGGAGGCAACCUGAAUGUAACCAAGCGAUUGUUUGAAGACCAAGUCAGUGAUUCAGCCCUGCAUAUUUCUCACAGUUCAGCAGAUGUGAGGAGGGUUGUUGAAGGGAAGCCUCUAAAACCAAUCCCCAGCAGCAGUUCUGCUCCUCCUGUUCUCCCCAAACCUAAUAUUUCAACAUGUAAUGCACCCAAGUCACCAGCACAAACCCCUCCAGACUUGCCCAACAAUCCAAGCAGACGGCCAUCACUUCACCGCUCCAAGUCCGAUCUCAGCGAUCGAUACGCCCGUGCCAAUGCUGACGUAGAGCGAUUCUUUAAUUACUGUGGACUCGAUCCUGAAGAACUUGAAAACAUUGGAAUGGAAAACUUCACAAGGGCGAAUUCGGACAUAAUCUCUCUGAACUUUCGCAGUGCGAGCAUGAUCAGUUCAGACUGUGAGCAGUCACGACGGAGCAAUGAUGACCUGACAGAUGACGAGGAAUCUAAUGAUCGUGUACCAUAUGGUAUUUCAGCUGUGGAAAGGAAUGCCAGGGUGAUUAAAUGGUUGUAUAGUUGCAAACAAGCUAAGGAAUCCCAGAAAAUAUCUCAUGUUUAAGAAAGGGACAAAAACUAGGGUUGAGUGAGAGAUUUUUGUAUUUUUAUUUUGUCUGUGAAUCUUUUAGUUGUGAAGAAUUGCGAUGUCUACUGGGAUAUUUCUUGCAGAUCUCAAUUCCACUGUGUUGCUAGCUGUCUGUUCUUUCAUUGCAUGCCCAUUGACUUGAACUCAGAAUUGGCCUAUACUUCAGAUUAUAUGAAGACAUGGACAUUUCAGUUGUAUUAGAUAUAUGCCUAUAUACACAUGUAUUGAUCAAAAACAGCACGGGGUACUAUGUCCACACUUUAUUGUGCAUUUCAAACAAUUAUAUAUGAGAACAAAUGUUCUUUAUUGUGACAGAAUCUAUUCAUAAAUAAUUGUAACCAGGAGAAAGGAAAAGCAUCUGUCUGCAACAUUGCGAUGGCAGUCAUUUUGGUCUUGAAACGCAUGGUACAGCCCAUGUAAUCUCUAAUAGUCCCAUGUAACCUGUAAUAGUAGUGAGUUGUCUAUAAUGUUUCUCUUGAAGCUGUCCAGUUUAAUGCAUCAGCACGGUUCAGCUCUGACAAUCCAUGUCUUCCAAAUCUGCUUUGACUGCCAGUCUAACUGUCUGCUGUAAUGUGGUGCUCAGAAGUGAAAAGUACAGCGGGUGAUCUCAUUAACUUGUUCAUUGUUGCUUUUUAAUAUACUCCAAUACUGCACUUCAUUUCAUAAAAAGGCUGGUGCCUGAGCUGAUGGGGAAACCAGAUUUUUUUUGUAUUAUAUAAUUGCUGUUGUAAAUACUUUAAAGAUGUUAUCAGGUCUGUAAAGAAGAAUCUGUUAUACAAAUAAAUAGUUUCCAGUUCAUUC